AUGAGCAAGUUAGGCCUCAUCGGAACUUUACACGAGUUCGAAGCGGAACAUGACGACAUAAAUUUGUACGUGGAGCAGUUGGAACAUUUUUUUCUUGCAAACGACGUAGUCGAAGAUAAGAAAGUAUCUGUUUUUAUUUCCGUAAUAGGAAUAAAGACUUACAAAGUUCUUCGAAAUUUGCUGCUACCAAAAUCUCCAGGAGAUUGUAAGUACCACGAAUUAACAAGUAUCUUGAAACAGCAUUUCAAACCGUCUCCAAUCCUCAUUGCUGAGCGAUUCAGAUUCCAUAGAAGAAAUCAACUGACCGGUGAAUCCGUUUCUCGUUAUUUAGUGGAAUUAAGGAGAUUGGCUUCUACCUGCGACUUCGGCUCAUUUUUGGAUGAAGCGUUAAGGGAUAGAUUCGUAUGUGGAUUGUGUAAUGAAAAUAUACAAAAGCGACUUCUCGCGAAAAAAAAUUUAAAGCUAUCAGAUGCAGUGGAAACAGCUGUUGCAAUUGAAAUUGCUGAAAGCGAUGCCGCUAAUAUGAAAACAUUCACACCAGCUGUGAAUAAAGUUCGUAAGACUGAACACGUUAACGCAAAUAAAAACCCUCAACCACGUAUGAUCUCUGCUGCAAAUACUAAUGGCAAGAAAAACUUGAAAUGUUAUCGUUGUGGUGCUACACAUGAUUUUGCCAAGUGCAAGUACAAAAAUGCUAAAUGUCACAGUUGUGGCAAAAUAGGACAUAUUUCACCAGUGUGUAGAAGUAGAGGUUCUGCAGCUAAAAAGGUUGAAGUAGUUGAAAGUGAAUCUGAGCUUUCGCUCUAUGCUGUGAAAUCAGUAAAUCAAGUUUCGGGAAAUAAGAAAUAUAUAAUUCCGGUCACUAUUAAUGGCAAAAGUUUAGACAUGGAACUAGAUACAGCCGCUGAUGUUUCUAUUACAUCAGAAGUAUGGGUAAAGAACAAUCUACCAAAUUCUAAAAUCUUGACAUCAUCUACUAGACUGAAAGAUUACAAUGGAAAAGAAAUUCCAGUAGUGGGCGAAAUUCUCGUGGAAGUUAAAUGCGAUAAUCAGUGCGAAAUGUUACCGCUAGUUAUUGUGAAGGGUGAUGGUGCAUCUCUUUUUGGAAAGAACUGGUUGUCGAUUUUCAAAUUAAACUGGAGUGAAAUAUUUUCAGUAUCCUUUAAAAGUGAAAGUUGUGUUGAAGCUCUUAAGGGAAAAUACAAAGAUAUUUUUCAAGUGAAUGACAAACCAAUCAAGCAUUUUAAAGCUGUGCUUAAAAUGAAGGAUGACUUUCAGCCAAUUUUUUGCAAGGCUAGACCGGUUCCGUAUGCAGUAAAAAAGGCUGUUUCUGAUGAAAUUAGGCUUCUGGAGCAAAGAGGUAUUUGGAAGUUUGUUGAGCAUUCAAGAUGGGCUACGCCGCUCGUUGUUGUGCCAAAGAAGAAUGGAACAGUCAGGUUGUGUGGCGACUACAAAGUCAGUGUCAAUAAAAUGUUGGAUGCGAAUCAAUAUCCUCUACCGACCCAGCAAGAUUUAUUCGCAACACUUCGGGGAGGUAAGUUUUUUACUAAGUUGGAUUUGACUCAUGCUUAUCAACAAAUUGAAUUAGAUGACGCAUCUCAGGAACUUUUGACACUUAAUACUCAUCUUGGGUUAGUAAGACCUACUAGAUUACAGUAUGGUAUUACUUCCGCUUCCGCAAUGUUUCAAUCUAUUAUUGAACAAAUAUUGCAAGGUUUUCCUUCUGUUAUUUGCUUUCAGGAUGAUAUUUUAAUUUCAUCAACUACAAAAGUAGAACAUUUUCGCUUAUUAGAGCAAGUUUUACAACAAUUUUUGAAAUACAAUGUGCAUCUUAAUGGUGAUAAAUGUGUUUUUAUGCAAACUAAGGUUGAGUUUCUAGGACAUAUAAUAGAUGAAUUUGGAAUUCAUCCAACUGAAGAAAAGGUGUCUGCAAUAAAAAAUAUCAAAACACCACAAAAUGUCACAGAGCUCAAAUCUUUUUUAGGACUUUUGAAUUAUUAUGCUAAAUUUAUUAAAAAUUCAUCUACAUUGUUAUCACCUCUAUAUGAAUUACUUAACAAGGAUGUCCCAUGGAUCUGGUCCAAACAGUGCCAGGAAACAUUUCUAAAAUGUAAAUCUUUGUUAACUUCUAAAACUGUCUUAGCUCACUAUGAUGAAAGGUUGCCUUUACAACUGUCUUGUGAUGCUUCUCCUGUUGGACUAGGGGCAGUUUUAUCGCAUAUAGUGGAAGGGGAGGAACGUCCUGUUGCUUAUGCAUCUAGAACGUUGACUAAAGCUGAAAGUAAUUAUUCACAAACAGAAAAAGAAGCCCUAGCUAUAGUGUACGGUUGCAAGAAAUUCCAUCAGUACCUGUUCGGACGGACAUUUGUCUUGGUCACGGAUCACCAACCUUUGUUGACUAUUUUUGCUCCCGAUAAAUCCAUUCCUGCUAUGUCUGCUGCACGAUUGCAAAGGUGGGCUCUAUUAUUAUCUUCAUUCAAGUAUACAAUUAAGUAUAAAAAGGGAAUUUUACACCAGAAUGCUGAUGCUUUGUCUAGAUUACCUGAUGAAAAUAUUGAAACAGAUAUGUAUCCUUCUGACAUUUUUCGGGUAUCUUAUGUUGACGAAUUGCCUCUGAUGUCGGAUGACAUUGCUCGUGCUACGCGAGUAGAUAAAGUUCUUGGUGUAAUACUGAAGUAUGUUCAGAGUGGAUUUCCAGAAAGUACUGAUAAUCCUGAGUUAAAGCCUUUCUUCAAUAGGAGAGAUGAACUUUCGUGUGACAAGAACUGUUUGUUGUGGGGCAUGCGUGUUGUUAUUCCAAGUGUAUACCGGAGCAGAGUAUUGGAUUUGCUGCAUGGUACGCACCAGGGUACAACGAAGAUGAAAGCUAUUGCUCGUAGCCAUGUUUGGUGGCCAAAUUUGGAUAAAGAUAUAGAAGGUAUCUCAUCUCAAUGUCUGGCUUGUCAGAAAACAGCUAGAGAUCCUCCUGCAUCUCCGCUUCAACCAUGGCGCUGGCCGAAAGCACCAUGGCAUCGUGUCCAUAUUGAUUUUGCUCAGAAGUAUCAAAGUAAUUACCUAAUCGUGGUUGACAGUUUCUCCAAAUGGAUCGAAGUAAUUAAAAUGUCUUCUACGGUAUCGUCAAGUACUAUAGCAGCUCUACAGCAAUUGUUUUCAAGGUAUGGUUUUCCUUUAGAAAUUGUUUCGGACAAUGGUCCUCAAUUUAUUUCUCAUGAAUUUUCGCAGUUUCUAAAAUCUGUCGGUGUUGUGCAUACCCUGAUUCCUGCUUAUCAUCCAAAAUCUAAUGGAUUAGCCGAAAGAUCUGUGCAAACGUUUAAAUAUGCUCUAGAUAAAAUGUCAGCUGAUAGGAAUGAUAACUCAUCUAUUGGUAACAAAAUUCAGCGAUUUUUGUUAAUGUAUCGUUCGACUCCUCACAGUACGACUGGAAAGUCACCAGCUGAACUUUUUCUAGGUCGUCAUAUUAGAACAACAUUACAUUUACUCCAUCCCUGCACUUCUUCGCAUGUUGAAAAGAAACAAGUCGAGCAGAAAUUUUAUCACGACCGUUCCCAUUCUAGAAAUUCUAGUUUUUCACCUAAUCAAAUUGUGUGGGUACGAUCUCAUAGAAGUAAACAAAAGUGGACUCAAGGCACAUUAGUUAAGCCAAAAGGUUUUAACACAUGGGUAGUCAACAUUGAUGGCAAAUUUUUUUUAGCGCAUAAUGAGCAAAUCCGUCCAUCUUCUGUUAUUGAUACCGAUUCAAGUAUAGUUGAAGAUGAUAUGCAUAAAGAACUGUCUGAUUAUGAUGAAAUAAAACCUUCAAAUGACAUUAUUCAGGACAGUCAACCGAUUAAUAUUUCUAAUGAUACACCAUGUUUGGAUAAUAAUUCAUCAUUUUCUGAUAAUUUGUCAAGUUCUAAUGAUAAUGUACCAGAUUGUAGUACUAGUUCUCCUAUUUUUGAUAAUAAUGUAAAUCCCGAAUGCAUUGUACAAGAUAAUGUUACUAAUAUGCCAAAUGAAAAUGUUGAUGUUAAAAUUCCUGUUAGGAGAUACCCAUUGAGAAAUAGGAAGAAACCUGAUAGACUUGGCUUUUAG